GCGAGCGCGACCGGAAAUUGCCGAUAGCAAGUCGGAAAAAUAAAGAAAGCAGUAUUUUUUGUUGAUUUCUAAAGAAUGCCAAGUCCAUCGUCCCACCGUCGCCCUAAUUUUCACUAUGUUUGAAUAGUACAUUCGGUGUUUUCCACCUUCAUAGAUCUGUUUGCUCCGAUUUUGAUGCAAGAUGUCGGAAGUCGACAUCGCCGAGGAACUUCCGAACGGCGACGAUUCCGCUUUCGAGGACCAGCAAAACACUUCGGAAGAUCAGUCACAACAAACUUUGACAGUUCAGUCUGCAGAUGCAAUACCGAAUUCGAUCGCCAUAACUACUGAACAUGAAACCGUUUAUGUUGCAACCCCACAAACUUUGUUGACAGCAGAACAAUUUGCAGAACAUAACAAAACAACACACAUUGUUAUUCAUGAUCAGGGGAAUUUGGAUUCUGGACUGAAAUCCCCUACAACCCCUUUACCACCCCCUACCCCAGCAACACCACUGAGUAAAGAAAGGGGGUUGAAAUACCAGUGGGAUGAAUCUGUUGAUAAUGAUAUUUUACCAGUGCGGUGUAAAAAUACAAAUGGAGAACUUUAUAAAGCAAGAUUUGGCUCUGGUGGUCGAGGAAAGUGUAUCAAAAGUGGCGAUCAGUGGUAUACACCAAAUGAGUUUGAGACAUUUUCUGGGCGAGCAAGUAGUAAGGACUGGAAGAGAAGUAUCAGAUAUGGAGGUCGCACCUUACAGUGCUUGUUAGAGGAUGGAUUAUUACAGGCUCAUGCAACAUCAUGUACAUGUGCAGCAUGCUGUGAUGAUGAAAAUGUGACAGGGCCAAUACGGUUAUUUACACCAUAUAAGAGAAGAAAGCCAAAUCUGGAGCCAGGAACACCCACUCCGAGACCAAAGAAGAUGAAGCAUAUGGACUCACCAAAUCGAUUACAAAAUGCAGGGGAUGGCAAUGGUAUGGGAGCAUCUCAGUCUUUUGCUCAUCCUGUGAGAAUGGCCACCGCUUCACUGAAUGGUGAAACUGUUCACAUCCUUACAUCAGAUCCACUCUCUGGAGAAACUGUGAUGGUUGCUCCAGUACCAGUGAGUGGUCAGGUUAGUCCAGGUGGUAAAAGUAUCACUAUAAACAUGGACAUGCCAGAACAGAAACAAUGGUGGCAGCUGGAAGAGAUGGCGAACAGUUUAAUCCAGCAAGCACAACAGUUUAAAAUGAUGGUAGAUCAGGUGAAACAACAGUCAGUGGCAUACAAGGAGGCAGCAGUUCAACAAGUAAGACAACAAAUGGAAAAGAUGUUAAAUCAAGCAAAAGCAGAAGCUGCUAUGCAGAUACAGAGAGCUGUAAUGGAGGAGAGAAAUAAGAAAGACAUUGCCAUACAACAGGCAAUUGCCCAGACUCGUGCUGAGAUGGGAGAUAAAGGUGAGGGAGGCAUCACCGUGGUAACAUACGAGGGUUGGACGGGACAGGCACAACAGGGUCAGAUGCCAGGUAUCAUGGUUGCCACUGAGACAGAUGAAGUUAAACAGUGAAUAAACUCAUUUUCAUAAAAAAUGUGAAAUCCAUAAAAGCUUAGUAAAAGGGAAAAGUGACUUAUUGUAACAUUUAGUGUUAGCAAAAGGUCUUUUUAAGAUCACACUGUGAACAUUAAUAUACAGUUCAACAAAGCAGCACAUAAUUAUUCACAAGUCCUAGAUUCAUUUCAGUUUUGGCUAAUAUUGGUUGUUAUUGAUUUGCUGAUUUAUAGGUAUUUCAUAAAAACAAUGCUAUUAAGUACCGACAUUGGUAAUGGUAGCAGAUUUGAUCAGCUGUUUUUAAACCUCAGUUGAAUUUGUACAGAUGUAAAUUGUAUAUAUAGACUGUAAAUUAUUGCUUUUAUUUUUAGCUCGACAAUUUAAAGAAGUUGAGUUAUUGCACUUAAACCAUGCAUUGCAGUUGGUUUUUGUUUUUGUAUGUUAGCUGAUAUCUCAGUUUUCAGUGACCACUUUUGCUUAAUACACUUGUUCACUGUGAUGAUCUAACUUGCAGUGCACAGGUCCCAAAGCUUUAUUUCACAGAGUUAUGCCAGACUCGUCAAACCUCCCAGCAUUGUCAUUCAGCAUGUGAUGUUGUGCACCUGGUGUUUUGAUUGGGAUUUCACACGACAAGACCAGAGUCAUGGUCCUUGACUUAGUAAAAAAAUAUGCAUAAAAAGGGCCCAACAGUUAGUUUUGCAUGAAUCUCAAAAGUAUUUGCCAAUUUGACUUAGUAUUAUGAAACAUAAUAGGAAUAUUAUUCUACAUUUGAAGUUGUGCAUCUGGAGUUUUGUUGAGAUUUCACUCAGCCAGACCAGAGUUAUGGCCCAUGACUUAGUAAAAAAUAUGUAUAAAAGGGCAUAAAAAUUUGUGUUGCAUGUAUCUGGGAAGGUACUUGGCCUUAGGUCAUGAACAUAACCGGAGUAUUAUAUAGCAUGUGAAGUUGUGCAUCUUUGGUUUUGUUUGGGAUUUCUAUUGGUUAGACCAGAGUUCAGACCCUUGAUUUAGUAAAACAUUUGCAUAAAGGGCAUACAAGUUUGUAUUGCAUGUACCUCAAAAAGAAUUUGACUUAUAGUCAUAAAAUAUUAGAAGAUUGUUAUAUAGCAUAAUAGGAAUAUUAUUCUGCAUUUGAAGUUGUGCAACUGGUGUUCUGUUUGGCAUUUCACUCAGCAAGACUAGAGUUAAAGUCCUUGACUUAGUGAAAAAGACACAUGAAGUGCUUAAACGUUUGUGUGAGAAAUAUUAAAGGGUCAUGAAACCAUGUAGGAAUAUUAUUCAGCAUGUGUUUUGGAGUUCUUCAGGAGUUAUGUUCCUUGACCUAGUCAAAAAUAUGCACCAAGGGCAUAAAAGUUUGUGUCCCAUGUAUCUCGAAAAUGAGAGCCAUAAAACAUUAGAUUGUGAUAUAGCAUGUGAAUUUGUGCACCUGGUGUUCUGUUUUGGCAUUUCAACAGUUAUAAUGGUCCUUGACAUAGUGGAAAAUAGACAUAAAUUGUUUAAAAGUUUGUGUUGAAUAUAUACAUUUGGUUUAUUUAGAAUUUUUAUGCCCCCUUCAAAGAAUAAGGGGAUGUAUUGAUUUGUUCAAUCAGUCAUUUGACCAUUUUGGUUUCCCGUCAGUAACUAGAGAGAACUUGGGCCUACAGUGGUCAAACUUCAUAGGAUGAUUUCUGUGGUCAGUAGAUGAUCCCCGUCAUUUUAGGGGUCAAAGGUCAAGGCCAUAAUGACAAUUGGACUGAAACUAGUUUCCACACCAUAAGUAAAGAAUACUAUAGUCAAACUUCAUGGGAUGUUUGCCUGUUGUCAGUAGAUGACCCUUAUUAUUUUGGGGAUCGGUAAGGCUAAGGUCACAAUGACCUCGAGACUGAAAAUGGUUUCUGCACAGUAGCAGUGAAUGCUUGGGCCUACAUCGGUCAAUCUUCAUAGGAUAAUUGCCUGUGGUCAAUAGAUGACCCCUAUUGUUUUAGGGGUCAGUAGGAUAAAGGUCAAGGUAAAAGAGACAGAUUAUGCUCCUUUUUUUGACUUAGAAAUUUCUGCUUAAGUUUUUAUAUGUAAGCUGGUAUCUUCCAACCUUUUUAUGUGAAAAUGGAUUUAAACUUAACACGUUUCUUUCAUGUGGUGAUCAGACAUUCAGUGCACUAUAACUCAGUUUAGCUUAUUACAAAGUGAUGCCCAAUUUUCAACACAGCAAGUAUUUGUAAGGUAUUAAACAUCAUCAGAAUGGAAAGUUCUGCGACUCUAACUUACAUUUAAACAAAAUUUAUCCCCCAUUUAUACUUGUUUAUGUCAUUGUAUGUAAUUUUCUUAUGUAACAAAGUAUUUGAAUAGUUAAAGGUCCAUUACUAAGGGAAAGUGAGUAAGCAAUUCUUUUCAUAGCUAGUGCAUAGACUUCUGCAAGACACUAAAUAAUGAAGAUUGGCAGGUCAAAAUUUACAGAAGGUCUUUGGAACUCAAAGAAAUGUAUGUGUAUUCUGUUGAAAUUUCAAUGAAUCGACAGAAAGACCCCCCAGGUCUUUUUAACUUUCUUCAUACUUCAUAGAAAAAUAAUUGUACAUAUACUGCGAUUUAUUUCGAAUUUCUGCAUACCAACUUUCAUUUUCCAAUAAAAUGAAAUAGUUUCUGUGCUUUUUAAAAGAAAUUAAAAUGUUCACUUUCCUUAGUAUUGGACCUUUAAACAUUGCUUUUCAAACACACUGUUUAUCAUUUGCUGGUGUUACUGUAUUUAACCAUUUUAAUGAGGUAUCAAAGGCAACUGAUGGUGCAUUUGUCUCACAGUGUAGAGAACAAGUAUUUUUUACUCUCAGCCAGGGGAACAAGUAUUUUUUUUCAAAUAUGUUAAAAAUGUUAAUUUUAGAUGAAAAUAAAAUAAUUUUUAUUAUGUGGAUAAUCAUUCUUUAUGGAUUGUACAGGCAGUACAUUCUUCAUGAAUAAAUGUAGAAAAGUUUUGAAAAUGUCUGGCAUGUAAUUGAUUGAAAAAAGUAGGGUAAAGUCUAUGAUAUACAUCAUUCUACAGGUCUCAAGGGGUGAUCCAUGUAGUAGGAACUUUUAGAAUAACUUUCAUUUUAUAGUAAAAAAAAAACCUCUGAUUUUUCCAUGUUAAUUUCUGGCCAGUGAAAUUCCCUCCCCCCACAAAAAAAACAAAACAACAAACAAACAAAGAACUGUGCAUGUUACUACAGUUUGGUAUUCUUUUGCUAUUUGUUUUGGGUUUAGCACCAUUUUCAGCAGUAUUUCAGCCACGUAACCCCCGACAGCUAACCGAACCAGUGUUCCUGGACUCUGUACUAACUUAUCUCCUCAAAUGGAGGAUGAAAUGACCGAACACAAUGUCAAAUUAUCGCCAAGGAAAUAAAAUUACAACCCUUCAUACAUCUGCCCUCUCCCUGUUGAGCCGAGUGGGCCAGCCAGUAACUGUAAGAUAUUCUUUUGUUUUUGUUUGGUUUAAUGUCGCACCGACACAAUUAUAGGUCAUAUGGUGAUUUUCCAGCUUUGAUGGUGGAGGAAGACCACAGGUGCCCCUCCUUGCAUUAUUUCAUCACAAGUGGGCACCUGGGUAGGACCACUGACCUUCCGUAAGCCAGCUGGAUGGCUUCCUCACAUGAAGAAUUCAACGCCACCAGUGAGUCGGUGAAGGGCAAGUGAUUUGAAAUUAGUGACCUUAACCACAUGGCCAUGGAGGACCCUAGUAAGGUAUUCUUAAAGUAUCAUAAAUAUUCUGAAGUACCAUAAACUGUUUAACAACCAGUGGCAGAUGGCAGAAUUAUUCUAGAAUUACUACUACUUGUACAAAUCAAGAAAAAGUGGUUAACCUAUUUACAGCUGUAAAUGAAAAAAAAAAAACACAAGGAUAUUAGCUAAGAAGAAUAAUCAUUAGUAUUUAGAGACAGUGUUUGGUCACUACCUUCCCCCACUUUGGUUUCUAAAUGCUGAAAGCAGAUUUGGUAAUACCGGUAGGUUCUUGUCUGCAGUACACUUCUCGCUGUUUGAUCAAUAUAUGCUUGUUCUUCUCAUCCUGCCUGUGGUAGAGUUCUCGGGAUAUUGAAAGUCUGAAUGAUCAUUUCUCUGCCUGAUUACUGUAGUUGUAUAUGAAGGAGCUAUCAACAGAGAUAAGUAGCAAUUAUUUGUAUUGACUGUUGGUAAGACCUCAUGUCCAGCUUAACCUUUACUCUGAAAAUUUAUUUACUGAAUAGCGAACAGUGCGGACCAUGAUAAGUGCAGGCUGAUCUAGGUUUGCACUGGUCACAGAGGCAGAAUCACUUGCCGCCAGCAGGCUAAAGGUUAAUCUUAUAAAAGCAUUCCCAUAUGUGAUUGUUGUACAUGUCAAAAUGUGGUGUUGUGUUAAAUAUUCAUUUGUGUAGAUUCUGGAUAUAAAAUUACGAUAUCAUCUCCAUUAUUGUCAAACAUCAAAAGUAAUUCUAAUGUCUCUGUCAUUAAUGUCUAACACUUUUUAGUCAUUGCCUCAUUUAGAAAUUAAUGAUGAUACACAUAAUAAAUGAUCUGUGAAGUACAUAUUAGUUUACCACAGCUUUAUUUUUUAGUACAAACUGAAAAUAUGUGGUAGAAGUGUAGAAAAGAAAUGAAACCAGAACUUAUGUUUUAAAUUAGUUAGAUUUAAAUCAUCAUUCUUUAUGUACAUUUUGUAUUCAGUUUUAUUUGCAUGCAUACUUGGUUGUACAUACAUCAUUGACAGACCAUAAAGGUAAACCUGUAUGAUGAAAUUAAACACAAAAAUGAAUAAAAUAUCAAAUAAUGAA